AGAACCAUUCCACUGCCACCCACCUGAAGAGGUCUCCAAACUUGCUCCUCAGGUGGCUGCAGGACACGUAGAGAUCAUAGAGGAAACAAAAGGAGAAGCUGUGAGAGGGUCACCUGGGACUCGCAGCUGUCUCCGGCUAUCAAGCCAGCUCAAAGCCAGAGGAAGGUCUGAGUUUUAGAACUGGGAUGUGCAGCUGCUCCUCCAGCAGCAACCUCAUCCAAGGGAUCUACAGCCAGGUUCUCCUGCCUGCCCCCAUGGUGAGGAGAUAGAGGAAGCACCAGCGACCCUCCUUCAGCAGCAGAGCCAACAGGCAGGCGAAGCCUCGCUCCUCCGCGGCAGCUACGGGAGAGGAGAAAAGACAAAGUGCAAAUGAAAGCCACAGCCAACUUCAGCAGCUCCAGAAACGACAGCAGCUGUCCCAGUGACAGCAGAGUCAGCCAAGUCAUCUUCCCUCUGCUUUACACCAUCCUGUUCCUGGUGGGCAUCACCAUGAACGGCCUGGCAAUGUGGGUCUUCUUCAAAGUCUCCAGUAAAUCCCACUUCAUCAUCUUCCUCAAGAACACUGUCAUUUCUGACCUCCUCAUGAUCCUGACUUUCCCGUUCAAGAUCCUGAGCGACGCCAAGCUGGUGUCGUGGGUGCUGAGGGGGUUCGUGUGCCAGGUCACCCAGGUGGUCUUCUACUUCACCAUGUACAUCAGCAUCCUGUUCCUGGGCCUCAUAACCAUCGAUCGCUACCAGAAAGCCGCCUCGCCCUUCAGAACCUCCACGCCCAGGAGCCUCCUGGGUGCCAAGAUCCUCUCCACAGCCAUUUGGAUAUCGAUGUUUGUCCUUUCCUUACCCAACAUGAUUCUGUCCAACAAGAAGAAAACGCCCAGGAACGUGAAGAAGUGUGCCCUGCUGAAAUCAGACUUCGGCUUGGUCUGGCACGAGAUCGUAAACUACGUCUGCCAGCUCAUCUUCUGGGUGAGCCUGGCGGUCAUAGUGGUUUGCUACAUCCUCAUCAGCAGGGAGCUCUACAGGUCCUACAAAAGGACCAGAUGCACGGGCAAGGUGUCCAAAAAGACUGUCAACGUGAAGGUGUUCAUCAUCAUCGCCGUGUUCUUCAUCUGCUUCGUGCCCUUCCACUUCACCAGGAUCCCCUACACGCUGAGCCAGACGCGGGACGUGUUUGAGUGCUCCGCUCGCAGGACCCUGUUCUACCUGAAGGAGAGCACGCUCUGGCUGACCUCGCUCAACGCCUGCCUCGACCCCUUCAUCUACUUUUUCCUCUGCAAGUCCUUCAGGAAGUCCUUGCUGGGCAUGCUGUGCAGACACAAGGCGGCCUUAGAGCUUGGGGCACGGAUGAAGGAGCAGAAUGAGAGAGACGACACCGAUGAGACACCAGUCUAAGGGCUGCCCACACCCUUUGCUGCCCAGGCGUGGUUUAAUGGUGAAUGAAAGCAGCACAAAUCCUGCAACGGAGAUCUAACGUCACCAGCCUCUUGAAAACAAUUGUCCUGCAGAUGAAGCACACCACCCUGGCACCAGCUGUCACUGGCUGCAAAGAAAGGUGAAACCAGAAAGCUUGAACGCAAGAAGAGCACCACCUGAUGGUACCCUCCGGGCUCGUUUGAACUGCUGGCAGGAAAUUUCAACUUCGAGUUGGAGCUGGGAGGAAAAACUGCCUUGAAAUGCUGGAGAUGAGGUGAUGAACUGCCAAGGUUCUGCAGAGACAGCUUAACCUGGGCCAGAGGAAGGGCCACUGCAGCAGAAGAUCUGGGAAGGACAGACAACCUCUCCAGUAAACCUGAUGUAUAAACACAGGGAGUUGUCACCUUGUUGUAAGUGGGAGCCAAAGAGAAAGAGGGGACAGGUGUAGGUGAGCUAUUUGCCUCUGCAGGGUUUGGUAACAGAGUAACACUUUGCUUAUCUCAUUAAGUGCUUGCAAAUCUUAAUCCACUGACCCAAUAAUUAAUAGGUGCAUGUCAGAAGAAAUCAUUUCACCAUCAGGCUUCUCUUGAUGUGAGUUAAACCUUCAAAUCCUUCAGCUUGCUCUAUGAAUAAACACAACUGCACACU